CGAAUCCCGUUUCGUCAACAAAGCUCACGAAAUGUAUGCUGAACCGACUGCAGGACGAAAUCAAACAUGACCGAGCGCGCCAACAAUGAGCAUUAAUCGACCGGCGCGCGAUGUUCAGCAACAUCCUGCAACGGUACCAAUAGUCAACGACAACGACAACGACGGCACGGCCCGAACCGGAAGCCCCCUGUUCCGGUUGCAGUUACCGGCGACGGGUGAAUUUUUCUCACCCCACCAUCCUCGUGGGUAUCGUUUUUUAUCGUUUGCUUUUGUGCUGUUUCUGCUGCUGCUGCAUCUGUGUUCGCUUGCCGGGUCGGUACGGUCGCAUCCACGCAAUGAGAAGGAAAACUUUGUUAAAACAACCGACGUGGAAGCAAUCGAGGACCAGCAGGCCACCCUUUACUGUCCGCUUCUAGCAUCGAACCGUGACAAAAUCAAUAUGGUGCUGUGGUUUCGCGACAACGCUGGCAUCCCUUUGUACAGUCUCGAUGUGCGAGGGAAAUCGCUCAACGAUGCUCAACAUUGGUCCGCGCCGCAGGUGUUUGGUCCACGUGCCCGUUACGUGAUCGAAAGUGAUCCAGCAUAUUUGGAAUUGAACGAAAUUAAACGUCACGAUCAGGGAAUUUACCGUUGCCGGGUGGACUUCCAGAACAGCCAAACGCAAAGCUUCCGCUUCAAUCUCACCGUGAUUAUUCCGCCAUCGCAACCCGUAGUUCUAGAUCGCUGGGGACGUGUCAUAAAUAGUACAAUAAUAGGACCAAAGGAGGAAGGAGAUGAUAUACUGCUGACGUGCCGGGUGGUUGGAGGCAGACCGCAGCCCGAUGUGCUCUGGUUCAUCAACGAUAAUCUGGUGGAUAAUCAGAUCGAGCAGAACACCGGAAACAUUAUCGAAAAUCGUCUGCUCUGGACAUCCGUCCAGCGGCACCAUCUGCACUCGGUCUUCACCUGCCAGGCGUCCAACACGAAGCUGAUGCAGCCCCGCACGAGCAAGUUUGUGCUCGAUAUGUACCUAAAACCGUUGGUGGUGAGCAUUUUGAACGCAACGGAAUCGCUUGCCGCCCACAAAGAGUACCAGAUCGUCUGUCAGUCAACUGGGGCGCGUCCGAAUGCGGUCAUCCAGUGGACCAAGGGCAAGAAGACGCUCAAGCGCGUCAAGGAGCACUCGAUCCGCAACACCACCUACUCGGUGCUAACGUUCGUGCCAACGGUCGAGGACGAUGGGCGGCUUUUGGGCUGCCGGGCCCAGAAUCCGAAGGUAGCCGGCCUGUUCCUAGAACACUUCCAAAACAUCAGCGUACACUAUCCACCGGUGGUUGUACUGCAGCUUGGUUCUACGCUUGCCAUGGACGACAUCAAGGAAGGUGACGACAUCUACUUCGAGUGCAAGAUACAAUCCAAUCCGUCUUGGCGAAGGUUAACCUGGUUACACAAUGGAGUGCAACUACCUCAGAACUCGUCAUCGACGAAAAUUGUACGCUCGAACCAGAGUCUGGUCAUACAGAAGGUGACGCGGUACUCGAGCGGUUCGUACCAGUGCGGGGCACUCAACUCCGAGGGUGAAACGCUCAGCAAUGAGAUCGUGCUCAACAUCAAAUAUGUUCCUCUCUGCGCUACGGACAAGAUUAUAAGCAUCGGUGUUUCGCUGGACGAAACAAUCACCGUUAGUUGCGAUAUAAUCACGCACCCACUGGCAAGCAAGUUUUACUGGCGGUUCGAAAACUCGGAAGAGGUGCUGGAAAUCGAGCAGCAUCGAUUUUCCAGCAACGGUUCAACGAGCCAGCUGCACUACACGCCGGCCAGCGAGCAGGACUACGGUACACUGUCCUGCUGGGGCACGAACGAGAUCGGCACAAUGGCGGAACCGUGCAUUUUCCACCUGAUUGCCGCCGGUUUGCCCACCUCGGUUAUCAACUGUUCAUGGCGUAACUUUACCAACUCGUUCGAGGUUAACUGCCACCAGGGUUAUGAUGGUGGAUUGAAGCAAUCGUUUGUGCUAGAAAUGUUAUCAAGCCGAUAUCCGGGACACAGCAUCAAUCUUACCAACACCGAGGAACCCAUCUUCAGCAUCACAUCCUUCGACCAACUUCGCCAGCAGCUCCCUCCAGGUGGCCAUCGCUCACCGGACUCACUCAAGCUGUACGUCUACUCGAUCAACCAGAAAGGACACAGUCCGCGUAUCUUCAUAGCCGAUCUUUUCUUGCCGGCCGCGUUAGAAGAUCCCGCACCGACCCAAGACCCCAAGUCCACGCUUCUGACACCGAUUCUGAUCGGGCUGUUCCUAACCAUCGUACUGAUCAUCGUCAUCAUCAUCGUUAGAAUUUAUCUGAAAUCGAAAAGACUUAAACAAAAUAUUAAUAAAGAAAAGCGAUACACGGAGGAGUCAAAAAAUACGCUUCUGCUGGUCGACAUAUCGAAGAAGGACAAACCCACGAAAACCACCAAAUGGAUGAACAACGUCGGCAGCAGCAUCAAAACGAAAACCAAGGUAGAAACUAUUGACGACGAGCAGGAUCCUGAUCUGAUACCGUAUCCUCGACUGACAGACAUACACCAGGAGGAGCUGAUUCCGAUUAACUCGUCCGGUUCCGCAUUUGCCAUCAAGCAGCAGCACACCGUUGCACAUUCGCCGCAGGAGGGACACGGCGAGCAGGACAAGGUGAGCAAGGAUAAGGGCUCGGAUCGGUUUUACCAUCAUCAGACCAACCACCACCAUCACCAGUCCAUAAUCUCGAGCAGCUCGUACCGUGACGAGGAGAUCUCCGAGGCGGAAAUCAACCUGAAAGGAAUUGAAGACUUCCUAAUGACAAACCGUGUGCCGGAAAGCUGUGUGUGAUAUC